GCCUGGACCUGAGGAACCUCACCUGGAAGCUGAAGGUUCUACAGGAGAACCGGAUCUGAGGAACCGGAUCUUCCAGAUGAUUGGCUGUGGACCAGGAAGACAAAACAGGGUCACUAUAGUUACCACUCACCCUUCACAGAGGAGGUGAUGACAUCAUGGCCGUCAGCUCAGAAUUCUAGCUUGGAUGGAACUCUGGAACUCUGAUUUAUUGAUUAACUGGAACUUUCUGGGAGUAUUCUUUGGUCUACUUCAUCUACUUAAUGUAAGUAAAUCUAGAUGCACAGAGCUGGACUGGAGACUGAUCAACACUUACUGCCCGAUGACACCACCUGUAUCCGGACCAUUCAGGUAACAGCAUGAAAGUGGACCCACCCAGUUCCUCUCCUUUGCUCCUCCUCCUCCUUCAGAAUGUUACCAUGGACUACCAAAGAGGAGGAGCCAAUCUCAGCUUCAGUCCCCCUGUCCUCCCACCGUCUCACCCCUCUCUCUCCCCCUCCUCCUCUGCCCUCUCUUUCCUCCCCUCCUCCUCUCCUUAUUCCCUUCCCCCCUCUUCCUCCCCCUCCCUCCCUCUCCCCUCCCCCCCCUCUGACCUGGAGAGCCUUCUCCUCUGGACGGUGAGGGAGCCUACCACCGUGGCUCUCUCCAUCAUGUACUCCCUCUCCUUCUCGCUCGGCAUCGUGGGUAAUGCCAUGUCCCUGCGCGUGCUGACGGGUCGUCGUGGCAACAGCCGUCUGGCGGGCGCCAGCGCCACGCGGCUCCUCCUGGUGAACCUGGCCGUGUGCGACCUGGCCGUGGUCCUCGUCUGCAUGCCCGUCACCCUGGGCAACCAGAUCUACGCCCAGUGGGUGUACGGAGACUUCCUGUGCCGGGCGGUGCCGUUCACCCAGGCGGUGUCGGUCUCCGCCAGCGUGCUCACGCUCACGGUCACCAGCAUCAACCGCUACGUCAGUGUCCGCUCGCCGCUCCGCGCCCGCACCCUCUUCACCCGGCGCCGUAUCAUUGCCAUGGUGGCCGUGGUGUGGGUGGUGUCCUGGACCAUCUGCUCCCCGCUGGCGGUGCUGGCGCGGAGGGAGGAGGUGGCGCUGGGCUCCCUGGUGCUGGUGGUGUGUCAGGAGGCAUGGCCGGGCCCCAGGCUGAAGCAGGGCUACAACGUGCUGCUGUUCCUGGCUCUCUACUGCCUCCCCGUCUCCUUCAACCUGGCCAUCGGCUUCCUGACCGUCCGCAGGCUGGGGGGCGGGGGGCACGGGGGGCCCUUCUCAGAGCUGGACCCCCGUAGCCGGGCCCUCCACUGUGCUCGUCUGCGGGCGCGGAGGCGGAUCGCCCGGGUGGUGGUGGCGCUGGUGCUGCUGUUCGCCGUCUCGUGGCUGCCCCUGUACCUGGCCGACCUCUGGAUCGACCGCGAGCGCCAGCGGCCUCCAUCUUGGCUCCUGCAGAGUCGUCCUUUCGCCCAGUGGCUGGGCCUCACCAACUCCUCUCUCAACCCACUCUGCUACUGCUUCCUGGGCGACAUCUACCGCUCCGCACGGCUCCUGCGCUCGCGAUACCGGCAACAACGCCUGGCUCGGCUCUGCUGUGGCCCCGGCCAAGGGAAGGAGGAGGAGGGUUGUAGCGACGACGCUGUUGCCGUGGAUACGGUUUCGGUGAAGAGCCGGGACGACGCGGAUACCGUGGUAACGAGCCGUCCCAGAAUGCUCGGCGGAUUUGGGGGGCGGGGCGCGGGAGCGGAAGGGGCGGGGAUAGAGGAAUGCAAGAUGGCUGACGGAGAGAGCUCUGAUCACAGCAACUCUGAUUGGUUCAGCCAGAGUCUAUGUGAGAGCUCCCUAUUGGCCAGCCAGCCAGAAAUGCCCCUCACCCCAUCUUCACUGUCUGUCUCUGGGGACUGUGGACAGGAGGGGGAGAGGGGCGGGGCCCUGCCUUUAACGAGACGAACUGGGGCCCACAAAGAGGACACUUCUCCUUUAAGAACAGGAAAUGACCCGUUAACUUCCAGGAGGUACUCUGGAGAACACAUUGUCCCUUUAAGACCAGGCUCAGGGGAGAGAGGCACACUCCCUUUAAGAGAACAUUAUGCAGAAAAAAAUAUAUGACACUGUCCCUUUAAAACCAGACCGAGAUAGAGAUGACAUCAGAGAGCAGAUGCACCUGUAGUGGCUUGGGGAGGUUAUCUGAUUGGUCGAGGGGUAGACUGCAAUCUAUGCUGUGACUGGACAAUGGAUUAUCCACAGCACUAGGAACAGCAAACCCUCACACCAACUGUGUGGCCUCACUCCUCAGAGUUGAUUUGUGGAGGACAGGGCCAUUUAAUGUAACAGAUAAACACUAUGCAGACACACACAUACACUAUGCAGACACACACACACACACACUAUGCAGACACAAACACACACUAUGCAGACAUACACACACAAACAGACAGACACUAUGCACACACACACACACAAACAGACAGACACUAUGCACACACACACCUGUGGAGAUCAGAGGAAAUAAAAGUGCGGUUGGACUUGUGGUUGAAGUGUGUCUGAAGCAGACAAGAUCAGGAUCAGCAUGUUUACACACA